AUGGAGAUACUUCGAGAUGCCAACAAGGUCGAGGACAUGCUUGAAACACGCAAGAGAAAGCCUUUUGGCCCCAGGUUGAAUAUUAAUGCACAAGAAGCAGUGGAAUACCAACUUGAGGCCUUGAAGUGUAAUGAUCAACCCCGCCAAGAUUAUGGGAUAGAGGUCAUGUACCGGUUUGCAGGCUUUGAUCCCUUUGAAAGCUCAACUUAUUUUGGACGGCAGUUUGAUCUCGGACAGUUUGAACGUUUCCGGCGUUUAUUUCACAAUUCAACGUACAGAGUGCUUCUGGGUCACAAAGAAAGGCAAAUAUUAAGCAGUUUGUGGGUUGAAGAGAACCGAUUUAAACAAAAAGUUUGGGUUCAAGGAUCCCAUCCGGAGGAAGAAGGGAUAUUUCAAUUUACAAUGGUUCAGAGAGUUGGAGGCUUAUGGGAUGGUUACUGGUUAACUGAGGGCUUAAUCAAUGAUGGAGAUGCAUUCUCGGGUGGUAUUGCUUACUGA